GUCACCGUUUCACGCCUUUGUUUCACUCUCCCCUUGCUCUCCAAAACCACGCCUGCAACCACUUGAGAUCUCUUGAGUUUUCCGUGAUCUUAGAUUUUUGUUGCAUCACUUGUGGUCCAUUUUCUCACAAAGAUCGUGAUCUUUGUCUCAGAUCAUAUGCUCUUUUAGUUGGUUCUUAUAUGAUCGAAGUUUGUGCGUCAUUCGAGCUUGCGUUGGCAUACUUUUCUGGUUGCUGCUCUGUUUAAAUUACAGAUUCUGUGGUAGAAGGGAAGGUAUGAUUGGACCUAUCAUGGAUGUUGGUAGUGUGGGAUUGAAGGCCAAUGUACACUUGAGCCCAGUGAAGAACGGUGGUGUUGGGAGUGGAGAAACUGUGAUCUGGGGGGAACGGUUGUGUGGCAGGGUGGCAAAGAAGAGUGUGAAGAGUAGCAGUUUGGGUGGUAGGGGUAAGUCCGGUGUUGCAUUCUGUGUUCUCAUUUCCGAUAUCAACAAGAAGACCCUGGUCUUUCAGGCACCAAUCUUGGGGAAUCCGAAGGCAGACCCCAAGAAUGUUGCUUCUAUCAUACUGGGAGGAGGUGCUGGAACGCAGCUAUUUCCACUCACUAGUACAAGAGCCACACCAGCUGUGCCAAUUGGAGGAUGCUACAGGGUUAUCGAUGUUCCUAUGAGCAAUUGCAUCAACAGUGGCAUAAACAAGAUAUUUAUCAUGACCCAGUUCAAUUCUGCAUCUCUCAAUCGCCAUAUUCAUCGUACAUAUAACCUUGGGAAUGGCAUCCACUUUGGUGAUGGAUUUAUUGAGGUUUUGGCAGCUACACAAACACCAGGGGAAGCUGGAAUGAACUGGUUUCAGGGCACAGCAGAUGCUGUUAGACAAUUUAUUUGGGUCUUUGAGGAUAACAAGAACAAGAACAUUGAACACAUACUGAUUUUGUCUGGAGAUCACCUGUAUCGGAUGGACUACAUGGACUUUGUGGAGAAGCAUAUUGAUGCAGGUGCUGAUAUUACGGUCUCAUGUGUUCCUGUGGGUGACAGUCGAGCAUCUGACUAUGGAUUAAUGAAGAUCGACAAAAGCGGCCGCAUUAUCCAAUUCUCAGAGAAACCCAAGGGUGCUGAUUUAGAAGCUAUGAAAGCUGAUACCACUUUUCUCAGACUGUCUCGUCAAGAUGCUAAGAGAUACCCCUAUAUUGCAUCAAUGGGAGUUUAUGUCUUUAAAAGGGAUGUUCUUCUAAAGCUUCUAACGUGGAGGUAUCCGAAAUCCAAUGACUUUGGUUCAGAGAUCCUUCCAUCAGCUGUAAAGGAGCAUAAUGUUCAGGCAUAUUUAUUCAAUGAUUACUGGGAGGAUAUUGGAACAAUUAAUUCAUUCUUCAAUGCUAAUUUGGCACUCACAGACCAGCUUCCAAAAUUUCAGUUUUACGAUCCAAUGACACCCUUCUUCACAUCACCUCGAUUUUUGCCCCCAACCAAAAUAGAAAAAUGCAGGAUCUUGGAUGCAAUUAUUUCACAUGGAUGCUUCUUGCGUGAAUGUAGCAUUCAACAUUCUGUAGUGGGAGUGCGCUCACGUUUGGAUUAUGGUGUAGAAUUGAAGGAUACUAUGAUGAUGGGUGCUGACUACUAUGAAACUGAAGCUGAAAUUGCUUCUCUGCUGGCAGAGGAUAAGGUGCCAAUUGGUGUAGGACAAAAUACCAAAAUCAGUAAUUGCAUCAUCGACAUGAAUGCUAGGAUUGGGAAAAAUGUCAUCAUUGCAAACAAAGAUGGUGUUCAGGAAGCUGAUAGGCCACAUGAAGGAUUCUAUAUACGAUCCGGGAUCUCCAUAAUUCUCAAGAAUGCAACCAUCAAAGAUGGUGCAAUCAUAUAAAAUGCAAUCUUUCCGGAUGCUUUAUAUUGACAGUGUAUUUUGACGCUAUGGAAGUAGAGGUUUUAAGGCUGGAGAAACAAGGAAGAGGGAUAGAUGAUCUAGGCAAUGAUCUUAUGCUGUAACGAUCAUUGAAGCUAGUGUUCAGUUUUUUUAUAUCUUGCUAGCAAUAAACUUCAAAGGGCUUUCUACGACAGCUAGAAAGCAAGCAACAGUGCGACAGCCGCAUCCUUGUCUGUAAUUCAGAAGUUUGUUCAUAUUUCAGAGUGCUGUCAGUAUCAAUAAAUUUAGAGCCAUCUCGCUUCUUUUUUCAUGUAAAUAAAUAUAGCUGCAGUGGGCCUUAAGGCGUUUUGUAGUAUAAGUUUAUUUCACAAUGGAAAUCUUAGUUUUUUUUUUUUUUUUUUAAAUUACUUUUAUGGGGGUAUUGCGCAUGGAUGAAGCAGCAGUUAUCUUUCGUUCUUGCUAAAAACUUAUGAUGAGAACUACAGAAAGUGUUAUUAUUGAAUUAAUGUGGUUUGAGGUAAAGCUUCUGCAUCACUACAUUGCAUCAUAA